CUCCUUAGUUCUCUGAAAAGUCUGCUGACAACCAUGGACUUUUUCAACAAAUUGACCAGGCUUUACUUCUGGAAGAACUUGGAUAUUUUCACAUCAGACCAACAUGACCAACACCAAGCAACAGAAGAAUACAACCCUAGUGCUUUCCACAGUCAUGCCAGUCUGGGAAAUCCACGCAAAGAGAGGGGAAUUAAAAGAGUCUGUAACUCAGAGCAGCUUAUUAAACCAAGCAUGUCAAUUUUAAAAUAUUUCAUAUCUAAGAAAUCACAACAUGACCCACAACGAACAGCCUCCAGAGGACAUAAAGCCUCCAGACCACUGGCAAUUGAGCGUUAUACACUCCAUAUACAGAUAUACAGUCCAUACACUCAGCUCAUCGAUGAUGAGUUGCAGAAACUGAGAAGGACCAUGCAGAUUACAGACUACAGCAGUAUAAGAAGUUUACAACAGAAAACCCAGUCUGGGGAACAGGUGUCUGAAAAAGCAGAAAAAUACGACAUACGGGAUUACUACAGUCAUGCGAGUCUGAGAAAUCCAAUCAUAGAGGAGGAAAGUGAAAAAGUUCACGCCAAGUUUUUCACGAAACCAAGCCUGUCCCGAAAGAAACCUCUAAUUGACCCACAACAACCAGAUUUUACACUGGAGAAGUCCAAAGAGUUCCUCAGAGGACUGGCAGCUGAGCUGAACGGAGUGUCUCGGGGCCCGGCAUGUCUCAGAGAGGAUAAAGCUUAUGUACCUGAGGAUUUGAAUAAACCGAAGAAGAGCAUACAGAUGCCCAUCACAAACAACAGCAUCAAAAACCUACCACAGAAAAACAUGUCUGAGUUGCCGCACCAUAGUAAACCGAAGUCUGAAAAAACAGGUGGUUUAAAGAUUCCCAAGAAAGAGUCGCAAAACAUCACAAGACCAUCAGCCAAAGUGAUUCUGGAUCUGAACACUGCGAAUCCCACUCUCAAGCUGUCUCAGGAUGGACGCUCUGUGAGAACAAAGACCCACAAAGAGUUUCAUUCCAGCAAGAGUUACUAUGGAUACCAAGGAAAAUCUAAACAUCAGUAUAAUGGCUGGACGUGUGUCCAAGCUCGAGAGGGCUACAGCACAGGCAGGCAUUACUGGGAGGUAGAUGUAAUGGGGAAAUGUGAUUGGAGAAUAGGUGUAGUGAGUGAAUCUGCUCCACGCAAUGGCUUUAUUAACCUGAACACAGACAGAGGGUACUGGACUCUGCGUCUGCAGUUAGGCUCUCUCAUGGCGAUGACUGUACCAGUCACCAAACUCAAUCAGGUGGCGCCUUCUAAGAUAGGAGUGCACCUAGAUUUGGAGGAAAGUCAGGUUUCUUUCUAUGAUGUAAGGAAAAGUAAACAUAUUUACACAUUUCAAGCAGAUUUCAGUAAGCGUGAGAAUAUCUACCCUGUGUUCGGGACCGUGGAGACAGAUAAACCUCUAAGGAUUAUCUAAACAUGCCGUUUAAUCGGUCUUUACGUUGAUUUGAACAUACCGUAGGGAAAUAGAGCUUCUUCUAUCGUAAUAAUGAUAAUGAGUCUUUAUUGGUCACAUAUACAUUACAGCAGAGUGAAAUUCUUUUCUUCGAAUCCCCGAGCAUGUUAGGAAGCCGGGGUCAGCGCACAGGAUCAGCCAUGAUACAGCGCCCCCUGGAGCAGAGAGGGUUAAGGACCUUGCUCAAGGGCCCAACAGUGACAGAUUGGCAGUGCUGGGGCUUGAAUCCCUGACCUUCUGAUUAGUAACCCAGAACCUUAACCCCCAAGCCACCACUGCCCCCAAUUCAACUUAAACCCCACAAUUUCAAGGUAUAGAGACAUAUAGAGACCGCUGUGGUGACCCCAAAUGGGAGCAGUCAAAAGAAUAACAACAACAACAACUUGCAUGUUCAUGGCUAUGCAUUGGAUUUAUCUAAUGCUGGUGAUUUUAAAUGUAAUAUACUGAAUGGCACGUAUUGUUUAAUUGAUUAAAUAUUGUAAAUAUUUCAAAUGAAAAUGUUUUGUAUGUACUGCACAAAAUCUUAUGAAUGUUGGAAUAGAUGUUAAAUGUUCAUGAGUUAUAUGUUAUAUGGUUAUAUAUGGCUACAUAUGUUCUUUAUUUACGUCCGCCUAUAUCCAGUCUAAAAGCUGUCUGCAAAACAUCUUUUGCUUGGAAUACUACUAUACACAAGCCAAUAAUAAAAAAUAAAACCAAGAUAAUUUACA